AUGAGUAACCCGACGACAUAUACGCCUCUCGAGUCGCUCUUCCUCUUUCAGUCCCUCCUGAAUGAAGGCAUCGAACCCGCUGCGUUUGUACGCAUAUCGGAGACGCUCAAAAACAAUGCGCUGAUCAAAGGCGGAGAAACGUACGACGCUGCUCGCCUGAGCUCCAACGCGCUCCAGCAACUCUUCUUGCUGCUGCUGCGCGAGGAGCUCAAGAGCGACGCCGAACGGGCAGAGGCAGCGCAGGCUGGAUUUUCACCGUCUAAGAAGCGGAAAAUUACAGCGCCAUCUAUACCGACGCUGACGGAGGCUUAUAAAUAUGUCAGCAAAGUGCCGGCCUUGGUGGAGCGCUUGUAUGGUCGUUACCGUGACCACGUUGUGAGGCAAAUUAGAGAGGAUGAGCGCAAGUUCGCCACGGUUCAAAGGGAGAUACAGUUGUUGGAAAAGAGCGAAAAGGAACGGUUGGCUAGGUCAGCAUCUCAGAGCGGCGCGCCUGUUCUCCCUUCUCGCGAUCCCAAGGCCUCGGCUCUAGGUUCCAACAGCCCUAGCCCAUCGCCAGGACCAACAACAGGAAUCGCGCCAGGUAUCAAGAGAGGCGCCGUGGUUCCAACACCAAAAGCCCCCGGGUCGGGUGUACCGCCACCAACGGUACCUGGAAAUGCACACCUCCAAGCUGCGACGCCACCUAUCCGGCCGUCACCAUCCCCGAAGCCUGGGAAUAGCUUCCAGUCACCCGCCGGUCCACCACCACAGCCUUCACAGCAGCCUCUUCAGCCAGCGCGACCCGGCCAGGCAAUGCAACAUGCUAGACCAGGAGUGGCCCCCGGCAACUCAAAGCCAUACCCAGGACCGCAAAUAGGCACCCAGCAGCAGGGUGUACCGCAAGUUCCCGCCGCUCAAGCACAAGCAGCAGCGCAUGGCCAACAACGUCCAAUCCCCAAUCCUCCCAGCCUGGGCCAUACCCAGCAGCUUCCCUCGCAAGGUGUUCCUCUACAACACCCCCAGCACCGUCCAAUUGCAGCCAACCCAUCCAAUCUCCCCGGCCGUCCUCUACAGCCACACCCUCAGAACCUUCGACCACUAGCUUCCGCCUCACCUCAUCCAACUCCAGCGACACAGAAUGUUCCGCCAAAGCUGGCACCCGCGCCGCCGGCCGCGGGACAACAGCAACCCCUCUCAAGAACACACUCGCCUGCGCAACUGGAUAAGGCGCCAUACGGCCCCCCAAAGCCAGCUAUCCCAGAGCACAUGAUCCGCCAAGCAGUCAGCACACCACAAGGCAAGCGAUCUGCGGCCCCGUCACAGCCUCAGACACCCGUACAAGCCAGCUCCAUACCAUUGACUCGAGGCUUUGGCACCAAAUGGGCAUCGCACUCCACUCCGUCAACGCCGCGGCCGGUCGCGGAGGAGCCGGAGAGCCCGGCGUUUGAGCCUGUUAGCCCUCCGCAGCGAGCCAGCUCAAUUGCACGCGCAUCAUCAAGGUCUUUAUCAGUCAAGGAAACGCCAAGAAAGCUGGAGCCUGUUAGCCGUACCGGCCGUUCAUACCGUACCAGCCAACGCGGUCGUGCUGUUAGCUCCACGCCUUCAGUCGCUGGGACAAGAAGAAGCCAGUCGCUUGUCUCCCAAACAGACGAGCCAUCCACGGAGUAUCAUACCAAGAUCAAGAAAGAAGUUUCAACGCCACGUUUGCACGAGGAAACGGGAGACACUACGGCUGAUGAAAGUGUCCAUGGUAAACACAUGGCAACUCCCGGCAGUGUUUCGUCACGCGCGUAUAAGCGAAAACGACAAGAUACCCCGCACGAGCCUCCCGCACCACCAACUCAUGUGCUUUGGACGCGAGGCUUCACAAAGGUCUCGUCAUCGGCAUUGGAUCAAAUCUCAAGCCAUCGUGAUGCGAAUAUGUUCGCUACUGGUAUCCGCGAGCGUGACGCGCCUGGCUACCGUCAAAUCGUACUACAGCCCCAGGACAUCACGAAAAUCCGCGCAGCAAUCAAGCAUGGCAAUAAGGCUGCCUCUACCGCUGCGUCGAACCUUGCCGGCGGUGACCCUGGCGGCCCCAGUGUCUGGCUCCCCAUAUCAGAAGACUUGACGCCACCGCAGUCCAUCAUCAACAGCGCGCAGCUCGAGCGGGAACUAGUACACAUGUUCUGCAACGCCAUCAUGUACAACCCGGACCCGCAUCGCGGACCCGGUCAGACAUUCAUGAAUCGCCUACGAGACGAAGAGGAAGAAGUUGUCGGCUACCGCGUCGACGAAGACGCCGUGGUCCGAAACACGCGCGGCAUGUUCGUAGAGGUGGAGAAGCUUCUCAGCGACUUGCGCAGUGCUGAGAAGGACCGCGCACCGCCCCCACCCGCGGCUGGCUCUGCCGCUGCCGGUACCGGUGCAGCCCUAGCUACGACGGAAACAAGUACGGCGUCUGCGGCAGCGGCAGCGACGGCCGACGACACGGCGGAGGAGGAUGACGAUGGAGAUGGUGACGGACCGUCGACGUCGAAAAGACGACGCGUCUCCGCGAGAGGUUAG